AUGGGCAGCCCCCGCUCUGUGCUGAGCUGCCUGCUGUUGCACUUGCUGGUUCUCUGCCUCCAAGCCCAGGUAAGGAGCGCUGCGCAGAAUCGGGGGCCAGGCGGGCAGGCGGGGGACCCGACUGGCAAUGUCGGGCGGGGGCAAGACCAGCGCUGCAGGGCUGGAAGGAACAUUACAAAUCCAGUCCCCGAGGAGGGAGCUAAGGAACAGAGUGGUAGUGUCCUGCCUAAUGUCACACAGCGAGAAGGCCCGGGCGGGGGGCCUGCGCUGGGCAGGGUGCCCGCUUCCCUGCUCCGAGCUGGCCGGGAGCCCCAGGGUGUUUCCCAACAGGUAACUGUUCAGUCCUCACCUAAUUUUACACAGCAUGUGAGGGAGCAGAGCCUGGUGACGGAUCAGCUCAGCCGCCGCCUCAUUCGGACCUACCAGCUCUACAGCCGCACCAGCGGGAAGCACGUGCAGGUCCUGGCCAACAAGCGCAUCAACGCCAUGGCAGAAGACGGGGAUCCUUUUGCAAAGCUCAUCGUGGAGACAGAUACCUUUGGGAGCCGGGUUCGAGUUCGUGGAGCAGAGACAGGUCUUUAUAUAUGCAUGAACAAGAAGGGGAAGCUGAUUGCCAAGAGCAACGGCAAAGGCAAGGACUGUGUCUUCACGGAGAUCGUGCUGGAGAACAACUACACGGCCCUGCAGAAUGCCAAGUAUGAGGGCUGGUACAUGGCCUUCACCCGCAAGGGCCGGCCCCGCAAGGGCUCCAAGACGCGACAGCACCAGCGCGAGGUCCAUUUCAUGAAGCGGCUGCCCCGCGGCCACCACACCACCGAGCAGAGCCUGCGCUUCGAGUUCCUCAACUACCCGCCCUUCACGCGCAGCCUGCGCGGAAGCCAGAGGACUUGGGCCCCAGAGCCCCGAUAG